AUGGCUGCCUCCUCCGUAGCAUGCUGCUGCUUCUCCUUCUCCUUCUCCUUCCUUAAUGCACCCGUUAAACUCCAAUCUUCCGCCUCUCCACCCAUUUGUUUCGUAGGCGCAUCGUCGCUGACUCCCCGAGCCAGCUCGAGUUCUAAACUAAACCCAGAGAAGAAGAAGAAAUACGCAGUGAGAGUGAGAGUGAGAGUGAGAGAUGAAGAUUCUUCGAAUGAUGGAACCCAAACGAUGGCGUUCAAGUCGCCCUCGUUUGGGUCUUCUCAGAAAAAGGAUAAAAAAGAGUCUCAGCCUACUACUGAUUUGCGGCAGACUGAUCCUGCCAAGAUUCACGAUGCAUCUUUUCUCGACGCCGUUGUAAAGGUUUACUGCACUCAUACAGCUCCUGAUUACUCCCUCCCUUGGCAAAAGCAGAGACAGUUUACCAGCACUGGAAGUGCUUUCAUGAUUGGAGAUGGCAAGCUCUUGACAAAUGCCCACUGUGUCGAACAUGAUACUCAGGUUAAAGUCAAGAGAAGAGGAGAUGAUAGGAAGUACGUGGCCAAGGUUUUGGUAAGAGGUGUGGACUGUGACAUAGCUUUGCUCUCAGUAGAAAGCGAGGAUUUCUGGAAAGGAGCUGAACCACUGCGUCUCGGCCAUUUACCCCGCCUUCAGGAUUCAGUAACUGUCGUUGGGUAUCCUCUAGGAGGAGAUACUAUCUCUGUUACAAAAGGGGUUGUAUCACGUAUAGAGGUAACGUCAUAUGCUCAUGGAUCAUCUGAUUUGCUUGGAAUUCAAAUCGACGCAGCAAUAAAUCCAGGGAAUAGUGGUGGCCCUGCUUUCAACGACCAGGGGGAAUGUAUUGGAGUAGCAUUUCAGGUUUACAGAUCCGAAGAGACCGAAAAUAUUGGAUACGUUAUUCCAACAACAGUUGUUUCUCAUUUCUUGACUGAUUAUGAGAGGAACGGAAAGUACACUGGUUACCCUUGCCUUGGAGUAUUGCUGCAGAAAUUGGAAAAUCCAGCUCUGCGGGAAUGCCUAAAAGUGCCUACGAAUGAGGGGGUGUUGGUGCGAAGAGUUGAACCUACAUCUGAUGCAAGUAAAGUCCUGAAGGAGGGAGAUGUGAUUGUAAGUUUUGAUGAUCUACGUGUGGGAUGUGAAGGAACUGUACCCUUCCGAUCAAGUGAACGUAUUGCAUUCCGUUAUCUCAUCAGUCAAAAAUUUGCAGGUGAUAUCGUAGAGCUUGGUAUCAUUAGAGUAGGAGAACAUAAGAAAGUUCAAGUUGUUCUGAGGCCAAGAGUGCACCUGGUCCCGUACCAUAUUGAUGGAGGUCAGCCAUCAUACAUAAUAAUUGCUGGUUUGGUGUUUACUCCGCUCUCAGAACCCCUGAUAGAGGAGGAAUGCGAGGACAGUAUAGGCUUGAAAUUGUUAACAAAGGCACGCUACUCCGUGGCAAGGUUCAGAGGAGAACAAAUCGUCAUCCUAUCACAGGCAAGCCAUAACGACGUUUUGUUUCCAUGUGCAUUUUGGCGAAUGCAAUAG